AUGUCGCAGUCUUUAAGAAUCGAGCCUAUACCUUACGAAUCCAAAUUGCCACCGUCAAUGCCUGUGAGUUCUCCACCACUGAAAUCCCCUUUAUUGUCACCGAAGUCGCCACUUAAUCCGGCAGGCGUACUUCGUCCAAACCAUAGUAAACCAAAGGCAAAUCCCAUCGUCGAUUUAUUAGAAACGGAAGAUGAAUAUGUGAAAGACUUGAAAAUUUUAAUUCAAAGAAUUACCACAAGUUGGACGCACGAUAAUCCACCUCCUCCAGAAUUAGACAAAAUGUUUUGUUUAAUCAAUGACAUUUUCAAAGAAAACGAGAAUUUUUAUUCAAGCUUGAGCAAGAUUGACCUGGAUCCAAAAAACUUACGAUCUGCACAAGAAAUUGCGGACGUGUUGAUGGUCUGGGUUGAUCAGAUGGAAGGAGUUUACUCAAAGUAUUAUCAAGAAUAUAGAAAAGGGUUUGAUUCUUGGCCAGAGAUUGAGGCAAAUGAAUCCUUGCAGAAAAUUUUGAACGAUAUUACCACGGAGAAGAACCAGCCAGUGAUGCUGGAUUACUUUUUCGAACUACCGCUAAAGCGAAUUUACUAUUACAAAAAACUUUAUGCGCGCAUAUACAAGAAUUCUGAACCUGGAAGAGCAGACUAUGAACUUUUAACUAAUGCGAAUCAACGUAUAGACCAUUUACUGGAAUUAGAAAAGCAAGCAAUAAAGAAUGCGAUCAGACCGCGUGACAAAAUUCCGCAAAAUAUAGAACAGAAUGACAGUAAACAUCAAAAGAAUAGGUCUUUGAGUGCGCCGCAGGAGGCACCUAUUUUUACUUUACAAGAUUUGGAGGCCACCCUAGAUACUUCCAGAGUCGUGGAUUUGUUCACCAAGAAGCCAAAGCCCAUAAAAGUCAAUCUUCAACCGCCGCACCUUCCAUUCUAUCGAGAAUUAAAGCUUCACGAUGACUUUAUAGUAAUCCUACCGGAUGUCUAUAAAGCUCAUGUUAAAGCCCACUUGUUCUUGCUUAGCGAUCUUUUAUUGAUUUGUCAAAAGUUAAGUCCAGAAGAGAAAAAAAAAAAUCCAACAAAGGAAUAUUGGUUAUUAUAUCCACCAAUGAGCGGAAGACAUCUAUCGGUGCUCGACAUACAUGAUAACAAAGAAGAUUUGUUCCAGAUAACAGUAUUCAAAAAAACCGAUCUUGUAAUAUUUGCAGAGAAUAAGGGACUCAAGCAAGUUUGGUUGCGCGAAAUAGUUGACAUGAUAGAGUUCACCGUUAACAUUGGCGUUCUCGCAAGGUCUCCGACAAAACCAGCAUACCAAGGAGGAGACAACUAUCAACAAGGGGAAAAUAAUAUACCAUUAGACAUGGUGAAAAAGAGUCCGACCAAUGAAUAUUUCUCUCAUCCCAGAACACCUACAUCACCCGAUUACCCGAGAUUUUCUCCAGAAUCAGAAGCAUCGCAUGAUCUAGUAUCAACUGUUGAAACAUUUGACGAAACUCUAUUUCAAACAUCAUCCUGUGCUGUUUCGACUUGGGCAGAUGAAUGGAAGCCAUUGAGUAGCCAAGAAAAUUCUUACAUUGAGAUAAGAUUAACAAUGGACAGGAAAUCUCAGAUGAUGGUCAUAUCAGAGAAACGUCAAAAGGUCAUUUUUCAAAUGUUCAUUGAUCAAUCGAUACACGUGGGCCGAGAAUCACCAUGCAUCAUAAACGUUGCGCGCGAGAUCGGUCAAAGAAAAGAUUAUUAUCACAUAAACCUGUCAACAUCGUUUGAAGCAGAUCAGCUUUUCAAAUAUCUAACUGAUCCUGGGUACCAUGGUGCAGGAUCAGACGUUCCACCAUUACCGCCACCUAAGCCAGAGACCGAAUUCGCGCCUCGUAGCUCAUCACUUCAGCCACGUGAUAACGGCAGCCCCUUGAGAGAAAAAGAGGCUGAAACAAUAAGUUUGAUGGAAUCAAAGUGCCGAAUAUUUCUAAAAAAUGAUCAUGCGAUGUGGACUAAUUUUGGAUGGGGUAUGAUGAUGGUGUUACUGGAGACUCCAUUGAACCAAAAGAGAAUUAAGAUUAUAUCGGAUAGGCAAAAGAAAUCAAAGUUGGUCGAUGCGAUUAUUUGGGAGGCAGGAGUUGAAAAAGUUGGUAAGACCGGAGUCGCAAUCACGAUAAAUAACAUUCACGGAUCAUACGGUGCCGCACCGAUCAUUUAUAUGAUACAAAUGAAAGAUGAGGCCACAGCGAAUAAGGCAUUCAAGAUUAUGAAGGAUAGAACAAAGAAAUGA